AGCCCCCAGCUUGUCACCGCGCUGGCAUCCUUAAAAUUCUGGGCUGACGUUCGGCUUGUCUUUGCCAACGCCACCACUUUGCGUCGCCCCUCUGUUCUGUCCCUUCAAAAAGAGGGUUCAUGCGGCUCGUGUCGCUCCUUGCACCUCACAGGGCUGUCCACAGCUCAAUGGCGCCAGUACACUCAAUCCUCCCGCUCGCCUUUGUCUCCUCCGUUCACCCGAAAACGCACACUCGCUACCGUCAUCCCCUCGCGAGCGCGCUCCCCCCUCUCAGCUGACCUGCUCCUCGACUCUUCGCUCAGCGUUGAUCCUGAGCUGCAUUCGUCUUCCCUUCCGAGCCCGCUACACGCACCUCUCUCACCAGGCAUCUUUUACGAUGCGCCAACGGAAGGUGAGUCGCGGUUCGACUGGCGCCUUCGCGCCGCGUCGCGUCGCAGGGCUGUCGAACCUGCACCGGGAGAAAAUAGGCAGACACGUCGGUUCGUGCGUCGCGUUGAACCACAGACGUGUGCUGUUCAGCCCGGAGAGCGGUUCCACGACGAAAUCGAAACUUAUCAGGAGCGAUUUCUGCCUAUGCUGGAAGCGGAGCAGGCGGAAGAGGAAACGGUCCUGCGGGAGCGGCUGGCAAACUGGUCGGUGGAGCGGCUGAAGGAAGAGGGGUACUGCAUCACGGGCAUGUCGGCCUACUGGAUGGAUGCACAGGAGUAUGGACGACCAGUGGCGUCGUUCAUGCUGGGACCCGGUAUGGAUCUGCCAGAUAGCCGAUUCGAAGGAGGGACGCAGGUCCUGGUUACGCGCCUAGACCCCCUGAAGGAGGAGCCGAUGAGGGGCAACGUCCUAUCGCGCACCUCCACGAAACUCCAGGUAAUCUUCCCGGAACUGUACGACCUCAGCGAGGGGACCUGGAGGUUAGAUGUGGGACGGUCGAACAUGGUCUACGAGCGCAUGCGGACGGCCAUCCAGCAGCUGAACCUGGAUCCAGCGACGCAAGAAGCGCACAUAUCGCCCGCCCAGGACCGACGGGAGAUCAUCCUGCAGGGAACGCACCUGCGCGACGUGCUCCUGCGGUCGUUCUCACCCCAGCGAGCACAUGCCCCAGCGCACAUCCAGGCCGAGGACGACGUCGCGUAUGCACCGCACGAGACGCUGGAGCACCCCGGCCGGCUGCCGGGCGAGCACGGCGGGGCGUUCAAGGACGACAUGCGGAUCCAGAGCUGGGCCCGGCGGCACGCGGCGCCCAAUCCGGUCAUAGUUGAGGGCGACCCGGUGCUGAGCGGCCUGAACGGGACGCAAAUCCGGGCCAUUGCGAUGAUGAUCGGCGAGCGGGCCAGUCUCGUCCAAGGCCCGCCCGGCACGGGCAAGACACGGACGAUCAUCGAAGCAGUCCGGCUGCUCAAGAUCCACUUCGAGGUCGCGUGCCCGAUACUCGUCUGCACUUACACCAACGUCGCGGUCGAUAACCUCGUCGAAGGCCUCUUGGCCGCCGGUGUCAAGCCCCUUCGCGUCGGCUUCGGAGGCAAGGUCAGCCCCAAGCUCUACCCGCACACCCUCGAGGCAAAGCUCGAAACGCAUCCCCUCAAGUCCGUGUUCGAGAAGCUUGUCAAGGAGCUCGACCACGUCCAGAAGCGCUUGGACAGUUUACAAAAACAAAUUCAAAAACAUGCUGAGCUGAAGCGCCCUGAUCUGGUCCGGCGCCUAGACAGGAUGGAAAGUCACGGAAUCGCGAUGGAAAGGCAGAUCAGCGCCGUCAAAUCCAAGCUCUACGCCCUCAGGCAAGAGAUGCUGCACGACAUCGUGUCCAGCGCUGACGUCAUCUGCACAACCUGCGUCACCUCGUCGUGCAAUGCCCUGCGUGUGGUCGACUUCCCCGUCGUGUUUCUCGACGAGGCGUCCAUGUCGACCGAGCCCGCGUCUCUAAUCCCAAUCAUGAAAGGGUCACGCCACGUAGCACUCAUCGGAGACCACAAGCAGCUCCCGCCCGUCAUCACCAGUAGAGAAGCUCAAGUCAAGGGCCUCGGCAUCAGUCUAUUCGAGAGGCUCACGGAGGAGGGAGCGGUACCGUCCAUCAUGCUCGAUCUCCAGUACCGCAUGCAUCCCGAAAUCUCGAAGUUCCCAUCGAAGGAGUUUUACAAUCACACCCUGCUCGACGGGACCGUCGACGGAUUUGGAAACAUCUUGUCCAGCUUAUAUCCACCUUCUUCCGUGCACCUGCAGGCGCAUCCUGUCACGGGACAUCGACCAUCUGUCGUGUUUUUGGACCACGACGGAUACGAGUCAUUCAAAGACCGCAGUCGAGUGAACUGGAGCGAGGCGCAUAUAGUGUGCACCGUGGUCGAAGACCUUCUACGCGCUAACCCGACGCUGAGUGGCGACGAUAUCGGCAUCAUCGCACCUUACGUCGCGCAGAUUUCCGUGCUCACGCGGAUGCUGAACACAGACGUCAAAUGGCAGGAGCGAUUCCGGAGCGUGCUGGGCGAGCAUCGGGCACUGCAGCUGGGACGGAUCGAGGUGAAGACGGUGGACGGGUUCGAGGGGCGGGAGAAAGACAUCAUCGUGUUUUCGACCGUGCGGAACAACACGUCGGGGCAGAUCGGGUUUCUGGCGGACCGGCGGCGGCUGAACGUCGGGCUGACGCGGGCGAAGCGCGGGCUGUUCGUGGUGGGGAGCCUGCGGACGCUGCGGGAGGGCCGGACGGGGGCGCGGGAGGGCGUUGCGAUGCGGGUGGGCAAGGGCGCGGAGGCGUGGCGGAAGUAUGCGCAGUACGUGACGGCGGAGGGGCUGGUGAUGUCGGUGAACGGGCUCCGCGCGCGGCGGGCAGGGGGUGGGGUGGCGCAGCCCGGCUCGUGGGUGCCACCUGAGCUGAUGGACGGUGGGCGCAAGAAGCCAGCGGCGGAUGCGGUGGCGGCGGUGGUGGCGAUAUGAUGUUCUCUGGCCGUUUUCGGUUCAUUGAGCGCGCGGGUCUAAUAUUUUUGGAUGAACGGCUGUCGGAUGUGCAGUUUGGGGUAAUUGUUGCUCGGGCGUGGGGUUUGCUGUUUCGAGAAUUAGAGUAGAUAUGGGCUAAUGCAGAGAGACGAUCUCCGGUCUUGCUUAU